AUGGGAACAUGGCACGGCAUCAUCAACGAGCCGGUCGCUGCAAGGUUUUACGAAGAUAUCCUAAAAGGAUUGGGGCACCAAGUUACAGUCAGCGGCUGUGGACUUUUUGUUGACCCGGAAGCUCCAUGGCUUGGAGCGUCACCGGACAGGAUUGUGUAUGAUCCUGCCGAAGACCCUCCUCAUGGCAUCGUGGAGAUAAAGUGCCCUUCGUCUCUCUGGCUGAAGACUGCGGACGAGCUCGAGCACUUGGACUUCUGCUCCAAAGUGGACCAGGACCAGUCAAAGCUAAAGGACAGCCACCCCCAUCACUUCCAAGUUCUUGGACAAAUGGCUGUUUCCGGGCUACAGUGGGGGGACUUCAUUGUCUACGCAAAGCACUUCAUACUCAUCGAGAGAAUAAGGUUCAAUGCGGGCGAAUGGGCGAGCGUGAGUGCGAAGCUCGAAGACUUUUACUUCAACGUGCUGCUGCCUCACCUGGAGUGCAGCAGGUAGUUGUCUAACAUCAAGAUAGGGCCUUCCGUGUUCCGAAUAAAGGAUUGAUUAAACAAAUAACACCAACUUGACAAAACAAUACUAA